UCCGGGUCCCGCGGCCCAGCUGAGGUAGCUGUGGUGCCGCUGCUGUGGGAGGAGGCGACCGUGUGAGGGGCGAGGCCCGAGGUGCCGGCGGCAGCGGCGGUAGCGGCGGCGGCGGCUGCGGGAACUUCCCGGCCGGGCUGCAGAAUGUCCAAGCCACUAGAGGGCAUAAAAGCGGCGUUCCAAAUUUAGACGGCAGUUUUAGAUGUUAUGCAGGAUGUCAACUAUUCUCAAGUGUGCUCAAGUCCAAUUCUGCUGACCGAGCAUCUGCGCAAAUGACCAGGCAGUCUCUUCAGAGUCAUCUUUCUGAAGUGUAAAAAGUGGAUAGUGUCUCACGUGUCAAAGGAUGGCACGGUCACGCUCUAGAUCCCCCAGGUGGAGGCACAGGUCUUUGUCACCAGUAUCUAGAAAUUCUGAACACUACAAGCAAAGACAUGAGCAUUAUGGCUAUGAAUAUAGGAAGGAUCCAAAAAGACCCACCACUUGGAGAAUGGACAAUGAGAAACAUGGACAGAGUAAACCAAGGAUUCCUUCUCGUGAAAAUAUGCUUUACCGAUCUUAUGAACAUAGAUCACCUUCCCCAAACAUAAGAAGAAACUCCUUAGAAAAUUUUUUUACUUAUAAGCCUCCCCAAAUAUAUUUACCAGGAAGAGGGGAUGAUAGUAACAGAAGAUCCCAGUAUGUGCCCAAAUACUCAGAAGGUGCACUCUACAAGGAGCACCAGAGGAAUUGUUAUCCCCAGAAAGUGCAAGGAAGGUAUUUUGCUGAUGACCACAGAGUUAGAGGAAGUGGAAAAGGAGGGAAACCACCUCUGAGGUCAGUAGCAGAUUCUUUUAGAUUCGAAGGACAGUGGCAUGAAGAUGAAUUGAGGAACCAGAGGAUACAAGAUGAAAAAUAUUCUCAGUCACUUAGAAGAGGCUCUGAAGAUUUUGAGAAAAGGAGCUCUUUUCAGAAGAGGUAUCCUGAGGAUCGUGAUUUCAGAAAAUAUGGACACACAUCAAAAAGACCUCAAGACGUGGAGAGGUAUGAAAACAGAGAGCCUGCCAGGAGCCCACAGUGGAAGUCCAGGCAUUUUCUCCCUCCUUACCAAGAGAAGAAAGUUCAGCGGAACCUCAGACCCCAAACCCAUCGAUAUGCUCCAAGGGAAUUCCCAGAGGCCAGUUCAACAGCCAAGAUAUCCUGUGACUAUCGCCACAAACAUCGUAGGACCUCAGAUGGAGACCAGGAUUUUUAUGAUGGAAGAACUCAGAAGUACUUUAAGGAGGAAGACAGAAAUUUUGGUUCACAAAAAGUCCCUGUAAAUAGACAGUCCAAUUGUUUUAAUGCUGGAAGAGGGAGAGAGACUGAAAGUGGACAAGCCAAAGAGCCUUUUAAGCCAGCUAAGAAAGACUGCACUGCCUGCACCCAUUCAAAUAAGAGCGAUGUUGGUUUGAGACCCCGGAAUGACAAACGGAAGGACAAAAUAAAGAAAGAAGGGGCUGGCAGAAAAGAGAGCAACUCUUCCCAUAAGCAACUUGAUAAGAGUAAAAAACUUUCUGACUCAAAACCUUCAUCUGCCAUUCUUAAGAAGAAGUCACUCACAGUUAAAGUAGAUGUGAAGAAGACAGCGAAUACUUCCAGGGUUGCUUCUAGCUAUUCCACAGAGAGACAGAUGUCACAUGAUUUGGUUGCUGUUGGCAGGAAAAGUGAAAACUUUCAUCCAGUGUUUGAACAUCUUGACUCAACUCAGAAUACUGAAAACAAACCUACAGGAGAAUUUGCUCAGGAAAUCAUAACUAUAAUCCAUCAAGUUAAAGCAAAUUAUUUUCCAUCACCUGGAGUUACUCUACAUGAGCGUUUCUCAAAAAUGCAAGAUACACAAGCUGCAGAUGUAAAUGAAAUUAAACUGAACUCAGAUCCAGAAAUUCACAGGAGAAUAGAUAUGUCUUUGGCCGAGCUUCAGAGUAAACAAACUAUGGUAUAUGACUCAGAACAGACUCUGGUCAAAAUAAUAGAUCCAAAUGACCUACGACAUGACAUUGAAAGAAGGAGAAAAGAACGGUUACAGAAUGAAGAUGAGCACAUUUUUCACAUAGCUAGUGCUGCAGAGAGGAGAGAUCAGCAUUCCAGUUUUUCAAGGUUGAAGAAUACUCAUGUUGAUGGAUUCCAAAAACCUACAUGUUUUGUAAAAUCAAAUUUUAGAAAAUUUAUUCAGAAACCUUACUUGAAUUAUCAUACUAUGCAGAGAAAAGACGUCAUUACUCACAAACCAUUUGGAGUUGAGGGAAACCAUCAAAACACAAGGGGCUUUAGAAGACCUUUUAAGACCAACUUUAGAGGUGGCAGAUUUCAGCCCCAAUAUAAAUCAGGCCUAGUACAGAAGAGCUUGUACAUUCAGGCUAAAUAUCAGCGUUUACGGUUUGCUGGUUCAAGGGGAUUUAUCACUAAUAAAUUCAGAGAAAGAUUACUGAGGAAAAAAAAGGAAUAUACAAACAUUGCCCUAGCAGUCUAAUCUGGAAUUGUUACAAAUGGAAACGACACUACAGGAUGAUAUUUGGGAGCAUCUUUUUGUCAAGAGUUAGAAUUAGCACUAAAGCACUAAUACUGUAACUUUCUUGAUAAAAUAACUUUAUUUUUCCGUAGUGGAAUGCUGCAACUUUUUUACACUUAACAAUUGCUUUUAAAUUACAGUAUUCAAUUUAAAAGUUGUAUUAACUACAGCUUCUUUUGCAAAAAGUCUCAAAAGGGCAUUAUUUGUUGACGCAUUUUUCUCUGAGCAUGGUUUCAUAGAGAACUGAGUUAUAUCCAGACGUUUCUAUGUUGAAAAUUUUGCUUAUGUAAUAAAAACAAAAACAAAAGUAUCUGAAUUGUAUAGUGUCUGUACAUGAAAGAACUUUAAACAGUGGCCUUACGUAGCAAUUUUUAUACCAGAUUUUUCUUUUUCUGAUGACAUUUUGGCUUACUUAAGCUUCUGAAGACCAAGGUCUAUAUAAUUCAUACAUUUCAUAUUAUGACAUAAGAAGGCGCAAGAAAAGGUGCUUCAAAUUUUCCAUCAGGUAGUUAUGAGUGCACUGAAUUUUUAGUAAUUGGUUCAUUCAGUUUUUUUCCACAACUAUUUGCUCCUUUCCAAUUUCAAAAUGCUAUUGUGGAAAAUACAUAAAGAUUUUAUAAUCUAUAUUCCAUCUUACUUUCCCUCAGGGUAAGCUCGUGCAUAUCAUAUUUUUAAAGGCUUUUAAAAAAAACUAACAGACAAAAUCUCAUAUUUGGAAAUUGUACUUUACUACUACAGCAUUACACAUUUUGCAAGCACAUAUUAUAAAGUGGUUAUUUUCAGUUCAGUUGUAUUGAGUACCUACUAUGUGUAAGACAACAUUGAUGGAAUUUUAAAUGAUAUCUUCGGUCUCAAUACCUUAUUUUUUUAUAUUUUCUGUGUUCUGCUUAAUAGUACAUAUACAUUCCCAAUUAAAUUUUUGUGAAAUGUUUAAUUGUACUGAAAUAAAAUACUGUUGCUCCUUCUGCUCGAAGCAGUUACUCGCCAGCUUGUGAGAAGAUUAUUUUAAUUUCGUAUGAGAAUUACAGCCCUAGGUAGGACCUGUUGAUGUUUAAAUCAUUGCUUUGCAAUUACAAAGAGAGAACUUUCUACAUCAAAAUCUGGUAAGAACUUACUUUUUAUGACUGGAUUAUGAAAAAUCUUAUUACAAAUGUUUAAUUUUUUGUAACAUGCCUUUAAGAUAGAGUAGCCAUUUCCUUAGUGGGUGAGCAGUAAGGGGGCAAGAGCACUUGAUUCAUUAAAAUCUUGUAAUAAAUUUAGAUGGAUGGCCUGUCUUAUGCUGUGUACUGUCUCUAUAGGUCAGGUUUUCCAAACAUUUUUACAUUCCACUUAUGGCAAGAAAGAGAUGCAUGCACAUAGCAGUAUGGCAACUUUAUAUUGUGUUAAGUACCUGUAACAUCUGCCUUAAAUUUUAAAAUAAUUUAUUUCAUUUAUUUCCAUAUUCUGAGGAACAGUUGCAAGCCUCGAAUAGUUCAUCAUUAGGUUAACACAUAUUUAUUGCACAGAUUCUGCACUAAAAUUAACAGCAGUGAACAAAGAGAACAAGAUACAUAGAGCCUGCCUUUAUGGUACAGUCUGAUAGGGAAAACGGACAUUAAGCAUAGAAAUGUAACUCGGGGACUUCCCUGGCGGUCCAGUGGUUGAGACUCCGCACUCCCAAUGCAGGGGACGUGGAUUUGAUCCCUGGUAAGGGAACUAAGAUCCCAUAUGCUGCAUGGCACGUCCAAAAAAAAAAUGUAACUCGGUAAACAACAUUGAUUCUCUAGCUCUAUUUUUAUUUAUUAUAGCACUUAAAGGUAAAAUGGUUGAUUCAGUAUUAAUCAUUCCACAACUGAUUUCCUAUUUAGGCAUAUUUGAAUAUACUUUUGGCACUGUCUCAAAAUGCAAAGCAUGUUAUUUGCAAAAUACCUAUUUGUAGCAUGGAUGUAUUUAGAAAAUAUUGAGUGCAUAAGAUCUCAAGGCUAAAAAGGAAGACUUGCUUUAUAAUUUAGAGUAUAAAAUAAGAAUAGGGACCAUAUCUGUCUUGUUCACCAUAGCAUUCCCAGCUUCCAGCAUCCUACUUGACACAUAGGAGGAACUCAUUAAAUAUUAGUUGCAUGAAUGAGUAACAAAUAGAAUAUGUCUAUUAGGAAUUAAAUAUCAAAUUUUUGUGUGGCAGUUGAAUAAAAGGUUAUCCAUAGCCCUUUUUAUUGACUGGAAAGAAUUUGAAUUCUUGAAUGCAUAAGACUUUAGAAGAGAAGUUAUUUUGAUAAUUCACGUAUCAUUGCCUUCUCCCCUUCCUCCUCUGUGUGGUAGGCCCUUCUCUGGCACUAGAAGACAAAGGUAGUAAGACACAGUUCCUGCUCUGAGGCACCUAAUCAACUGUUGGGGAAGAGAUUCACAAAAACAAAGAAAUGCAAUCUAUAGUGUGAAGUGCUCUACCAAACAUAAUAUACUAAAGGUUGAGAGAGAAAUUGGCAUUCCUGGUUGAGGAUCCCCUGGUCUCAUUUCUUUCUUAUUGGUUUCACAGACCACACAAGAGGUGCUGUUCUGUUGGUGGUUUUGCAGGUUUUAAAAUUUGAUGAGUUGGGGGAAACUGUGUAAAGCGUAGAUGGGAUCUCUGGAUUAUUUCUUAUAGCUACAUGUAAAUCUACAAUAAUGUCAAUGUAAAUUUCAGGUUUUUAAAAAAUAAGCCAUAAUCUUAUAACAGAAAACUACUAUAAAUAUUUUGCAGGAUACAUUUUUUCUUCUGAAAAAUACUGUGAUAUUUACAUUAUAAUAAUUUAUGUAGAUGCAUAGUAUGGACCAUCUUUUACCCAAUAAAUCCUGCAUUUUUUCAGUAGUUUUUAGAAAAAGGAUGGGGAUACUUUCAGGUGGAAGGAAGCAGGAAAAGUAAAACUGGAUCAGAAACUCUCCUUUUCCAUUGUCUGGCAAACUCAAUAACCGGCAGCCACAGAUUCGCCAACAGCAAAGAAGCAAGGAAGCACAGAGAAGAUGCCAAUGCAACAAGGUGUGGUGUGACUUGCAGCCCUCCCACCCCUUAAGUAGCACUGAGCAAAGAAACUGUAGUGAUGGGCAGCCCCAGUAUGGACAAAGGGACUGAUGCGGUGACCAGGUCAUGCGGAGGAGAGUCGAGGAAAAUCCUUGGGAAGGUGAGGGCUUUGCUACUGUCUCAGGACCUCAGGGAAUGGGGAAAGAUUCACCAGGACAAGGUGCUCUCUGGGUUGCAGAGCAGCCUGGGAAAGCCAAAGCUCAUAGGGUAAGAUACACCUUUGGAUCCAGUGAGCACCAGUUCUGGACACUUAAUGGGAACCCAGACAAGAGAGGAUACCAGGUUCCCCAACAAAGUCCCACCAAAGGGAAUAGUUAUUAGCUCUGAAUCCAUUAAAACACACAACUAAGAUUUUAAAAGUGAGGGAUCAGAGUUGUAGAAUAGAAUGUAAAUGUUAUAAAUCUUGACAGAAAUGAAAGUACAUUAAUCAGUUGGGAAAUGGUGGGGGUGGGGUAAGGUGGGGUGGGGGAAAAUGGGAUGGAUUCUAAGAACUCAUCACCUCAUCUUUCAUGGGCAGGUGUCAUGUGAAGUUAUAGUGUCUAAGAUUGUAUUAUAUAAAAUAGAAAAAAACCUAGUGUCUAACCUUAAGCUUUUCAGCCUUUUUCUUGACCUUAAUGCAGUGGUUCUCAAAGUAUUGUUCCCCAAUCAGCAACAUCAGCAUCACCCAUGAACUUGUUAGAAAUGCAGAUUCUUGGCCCCACCCCCGACCUACUGAGUCAGAAGCUCUGGAGGUGGGGUCCAGCAGUCUGUUUUAACAACCCCUCCAGGGGAUUCGGGUGUUUGCUCAAAUUUGAGAAUCAUUGGCUUACUUAGGUCUUCUAGAAACCAGUAGCCCUUAUGGUAAAAAAAUAUUAAUCUGAAGUUCAGGAGCACCUUCAGUUUCAUUUCUAAUUUUUUUCUGUAACAUUCAAAUAAAGUUAACUAAAACUUUUAAAAAUAAAAAGUAUAGCGAUUUUCACCAUCAGUCGUGUCUGUACAUGAAUAGAGAGGUCAGGACACAUGCCCACCCACUGUUAACACAGAUGAUUUUUUAAGUGGUGGGAUUAUGAGUGACUCUUUGUGCUUUUCUGUAUUCUGGUUGAAUAUAAUGAACGUUGUAUCAUUUUUAUAAAA